CCUCCUAUGAUAGGUUCAAUUUCGGUGAAACUAACAAAAUAUCAAGCCAAUUAAGCAGUUAAAAAAACCUUAAAUCCUAAACUCUAAUUUAAUCCGAUUUGGUUGAAGUCCCAAACAUAAUUAUAUAAUUUGACGCGUUUGUUGGAAAUGGUGAAGAAUAAUGGGAAUGGGAAUUACUUGAAGAAAGUGAAGAAGUUUCCAAGGGUGGCAUGGAGAAGCAUAUGGAAGGUUGGGCGUGAUGAUCCAAGAAGGUUGAUCCAUGCAUUCAAAGUUGGGUUGGCUCUCACCAUUGUUUCGUUGCUGUAUCUGUUGGAGCCACUCUUCAAAGGAAUUGGCCAGAACUCUAUCUGGGCUGUCAUGACUGUCGUCGUCGUCUUCGAGUUCACCGCCGGGGCAACUUUAUGCAAAGGGCUAAACAGAGGAUUGGGGACACUGUUAGCAGGAUUACUCGCAUUUCUUAUUGAGUAUGUUGCAGAUGCAUCUGGUCAUAUCCUUCGAGCUAUUUUCAUUGGGGCUGCAGUUUUUUUAAUCGGAGCUGCAGCAACAUAUGUGAGGUUCUUUCCGUAUAUAAAGAAAAACUAUGACUAUGGUGUGGUUAUAUUUAUGCUGACCUUCAACUUGAUAACGUUGUCGAGUUUCCGAGUUGAGAAUGUGUUGAAGAUUGCACAUGAACGGUUCUAUACCAUAGCCAUAGGCUGCGCCGUAUGCCUUUUUAUGAGUCUCUUGGUGUUUCCAAACUGGUCCGGCGAAGACCUCCAUAGUUCCACUGCUUUCAAGCUUGAAGGCCUUGCCGAUUCUAUACAAGCUUGUGUUGAUGAAUAUUUUUAUGGAGAUACGGCGGAAGCUUCAUCAGAAAAUAUAAAAUCAUCUGAGGAUCCCAUAUACAGAGGUUAUAAGGCUGUUUUGGAUUCAAAAUCUACGGAUGAAACACUGGCAUUACAUGCUAGUUGGGAGCCAAGGCAUUCAAGGUACUGUCAUAGAUUUCCAUGGCAGCAGUAUGUGAAAGUUGGGAAUGUUCUUCGUCAGUUUGGGUAUACCGUUGUGGCCCUUCACGGCUGUUUGAGAUCAGAAAUUCAGACACCGAGAUCUGUUAGAGUUCUUUUCAAGGACCCAUGCAUAAGAGUAGCAGGAGAGGUAACAAAGGCACUGAUAGAACUGGGAAACAGCAUAAGGAACCGCCGCCAUUGCUCCCCAGAAAUACUAUCAGACCAUCUCCAUGAAGCCUUGCAGGACCUGAAUACCGCCAUAAGGUCGCAGCCUCGACUCUUCCUGGGCGCUAAUGACACCCAAGCCAAGAACAUGCUUGCCAUGGCCGCCGCCCAAGCGGGCGAAACUAAGCCUUCCAAGUCAUCGCUACCAACUGUUAAAACUGAUUCUUCCGCCUUGUCCAACUGGAAAUCCAAAAGGGCAUGCAAUGAACAAGCGGGAAACAAGGAACCAGAGAGAAAGGUGUUGAGACACCAAUUAAGCAAAAUUGCGAUUACCAGCCUUGAAUUCUCAGAGGCAUUGCCUUUUGCUGCUUUUGCAUCUUUACUUGUGGAGAUAGUGGCCAAACUAGACCUUGUUAUAGGGGAGGUUGAAGAACUUGGAAGGCUUGCAAGUUUCAAAGAGUAUAAAGCUGGUGAUGAGAAGAUUGAUGUGAAAUGUGAGAAACCAAGGCUUGAUGUUCUUGAGAACCAUUUGCCUUCUCUUGGAGCAGAAUAAUAGGAUACUAGACUUAUUCUUUCAUGGACAUGGAUUAUUAUUUUGAGGAAUAAUGGUGAUAUAUUAUGUGUUUUAUUAUAUUUAACUCUACGAAGUCUAUAAAAUGAAUAUUAUCUCUUUAAUAACGAUAUGUUAAUUUUAUGUCACAAUAAU